UAUAACACAUUAGAUCUGGUAAAAGAUCAUUCAAAGAAAAAAACGUUUUUUUUGUUCCAUCUUCUUUGAAAUGCAACAGAAAGGCCAUAAUGUAUAUUUCCAGCCCAGGAGCGAUUUAGAUUUUGGCCACUAGAUGGCAGCAGUGUAUGUUCAAAGUUUAAGACUGAUGCAAUGAACCAUUACAUUUAUGUUCAAAAUUUUGUAUCGAGACUGCCCAAAUGUGCCUAAUUGGUUUAUUAAAAACUUUUCAAGUUCAUAACUUUGCACUCUCCUCAAACAAUAGCAUGGUAUUCUUUCACUGUAAUAACUGCACUGUCCAAUUUACAGUAGAUAACUAAAAUGUAAGCAUUCUGCCUAUAUCAGAUAUGUCUAUGUCCUGGGAAAUAUUGUUACUUACAACCUCAUGAUAAUCGUAUUAGCCUACGUUAGCUCAACCGUCCAGUGAUCGCCCACUGAUCCUGUAGAGGUUUUCAUACAUGUAUCAUAUAGAGUGUGUGUGGCAGGCUUACAAUGAUGGCAACAAAAAACAACAUCUGAGAGUGUGCUGACCCUGGUGCUCGAGGGGGUAAGCCUCUGGAGGUUGAAUGUUUGAAGGGGUACGGGACUAUACAAAGUUUGGGAACCACUGGUCUAGAAUAUUUAAUAUAGCUUUAGGCAACAUGGUUCUAGGCCCAAAUAUUCUGUAUCACUGCCAUAUUAAUAGGCACACACAAUAGGAUGUAGACUAUCACAUCUGUAAUUAGGCAACAUGGUUCUGUUUGCCCAACACGGGUCAUAUUAGCAAAGUGUAUAGCCUACCUUGGUAAACGGAGGGGGAAACAAGUUUAAUGAGCAUUUCAUUGUGAUUUGUCAACAAUCGCGCUUCUAUGGCACGAGCUGCGAGUAAUGACACGCACGCACACCUGUCAGACAGCAUUCCUUUUUGAUGAAAGCUGUCAGAAAGUUAAUCAUGCACGAUGCGUUGAAAUGCCUUGCGCUCUCGACAGACACCACGAUACCCGCUGGCUGACUGACCCGUUUAGCUGGACGGACCGUUUCUGCGAUGUGAGCGUGAAUAAUUAUAUGAGAGCGAGAGAGAUAAUUCCACCUGACUCUCUUCCGAGACCGUCCACCCCUGAAGCUAAGGAAGCCAUCCCGAGAGAGUGUAAAGAAUGAGAUGGCAGAAGCUGACACCUGGAGAAAUACAAGAGCGGCGGAACAAGGCUACCCAUAGCUGUCUCUCUGCCUGGUGGAAUUACGCACGAUGGAUCAGCUCCACAUCACACACACCCUCCAACUCGCACUCCCUACCGCGCAGUACUCGACCUUCCCUCCUCUCCUCCCUUCAGGGGCCGGGUGGCAUCGCAUCCAGAGUCAUCGUCAAGAAGGUGAAGAGCAAAGACAAGGAUGAGGGGAAGGUGAAAUUACUAGGUAAAAAGAAGUCAGAGGUGAAGGCUGAUAAAGAGAAGUCGGAUGAAAGGAUGAAUGGAGGGAAAGAUGUUGUAGAAGUAGCGAUGAGGUCAGAUCUGCUGGACCAGAAACAGAAGAAAGAAGCAGACCUGGCCAUGAAGAACACAAAGGUGUCCCUGCUGUCCCCUGGGGGGUCUAAGGGGGGUAGUGUUGAGCUGGUAGACAUGUCACCACCGCCUAUAAACACAACAAAGAAGAAGGGUUUUCUGGGCAUCGGGAAGUCAGUGAAAAUAGGGAAGAAGAGGAAAGAGGGGAGAGUUGAGCUUCUUCCUUUCCCCAUACUGGACAUAGCCAGCCCAGACCUGGCUGACCCUGAACCUGUCAUGCUUCUAACCACCUUCGGAACCCCGGCCCCCCCUGGUGAUAUACCUAUACGUACCGUCAUGAUCCCACCUUCCCCAGCAGUACACAUUGUUCACUUACCCCCUGCCUCUAUACCUGCCUCAGUACUAGAUUCCCCCUUACCCCUGGAGCUGACUCAUAACCCAGUAUUUACCCUGUUACCCCCCACCCUGAAACCUGCACCAGCAGCUGAAACCAUUACAGUCGUUACACCACCUAACCCCAUCCCAGUGAUCCCUGACCCUCCUAUCAUUGAUCACAUCCCUGAAGCCCUCAGUCCUAAAACCCCAGCUGAAACCAUCCCAGCCCCCACCCUGCCAGUAUCAGUCCGCCCUACCCCUUCCCCUGUUACUGCCCCAUUCAGCCCAAUAUCAGCUCCCCCAGUCACCCAUAUACUCCCUGCUGUCCCCUCCCCACCUACACUCUCUACCUACACCCCACCUCCACCUGUUAUCGCCACUCCAUCCCCACCCCCUGACCCUACCCCCUCUCCUCCUCCUCCCCCUACACCUCCAGCUGCUGAUCUUGACCCUGAGUCUGUAGUAGUGGAUAUUGCUGUUAUAGUCGAGACCUCUGCCUCUCCACUUCCCUCUCACACCCCCCCUCCCCCGGCUGGUGACCCCUCAGUCGCACCCCCAUCCCUCCAGCCUGAGAGGCCCGUGGGGGUCCAGGAACGGCCACUCUCGGCCCUGUUGGCUCUAGGACGAGCAGAAGAGAUGAGUCCACCAAAAAAAAGAGGAUCAGAGAUAAUCUUCAAUGCCCUGGAGAAAGCUAAGAGGACGCUCACCAGCCCUCUUAUGACCCCCAUCCCCUCCAGACCUGUCAUGCCCACCAUAGAGGACCAAACCCCACCUCCCCACAGCCCUAGCCCCACCCCGGUGAAAUCGCUACCUGAGCUCCCACCAAUCGACUACGAUGACCAGGCAGGGGCGGCGGCCCCUACACCCCUGAUACCGGCCCUGGCAUAUAUUAUUAUUAUUAUUAUUAUUAUAUAGGUUUACAUAUCUAUGUGUGUGAAUAGACGGGUACAUCCCAGUUAGUUAUUUUAUUUAACCUUUAUUUAACUAAGCAAAUCCGUUAAGAACACACUGUUAUUUACAGUGACGGCCUACCCUGGCCAAUCCCUAACCCGGGUUAUAAUAGGUGCAUAGUAGGAAAUUCAAACUUGUAGUGUAUUUGACUUUCAAAAAGUGUUCUAAAGCUUGUAAUUUCCCAUUUGAAAUGUCAGACUUGAUUUGUCCUCACGAAAAAUGUAUCCAACCCUACAAAAAUGUCCACAAAUAAUAAUUCACAUUUCAUGUUGCUUCAGGAUUAUUAUCCUGCUGUAGAAAACUGGCUCAAAUUAAGAUCCUACAUCUGUAUAUGUUAUAUGUGCAGUACCAGUCAAAGUUUGGACACACCUACCCAUUCAAGGGUUUUUCAUUAUUUUUACUAUUUUCUACUAUGUAGAAUAAUAGUGAAGACAUCAAAACUAUAAAAUAACACAUGGAAUCAUGUAGUAACCAAAAAAGUGUUAAACAAAUCGAAAUACAUUUGAGAUUCUUCAAAGUAGCCACCCUUUGCCUUGAAGACAGCUUUGCACACUCUUGACAUUCUCUUAACCAGCUUCAUGAGGUAGUCACCUGGAAUGCAUUUCAAUUAACAGGUGUGCCUUGUAAAAGUUGAUUUGUGGAAUUUAUUUCCUCAAUGCGUUUGAGCCAAUCAGAUGUGUUGUGACAA